AUGCCUGCCUUUUCCCGGGGCUUCGAUGCCUUCCUCCGCACCAACACGUUCCGCCUCCCCUCAUCACUCCGCGCCGCCCUCUUCGGCACGCCAGAGUCCUUCUUCCAACCCACAUCGGCUCAGCGCAGCGCCCGUUUCUUUGCCUCGUCCGCCCUCCGCCGCUACCAGUACAACUACAAAAGCAAUCUCAAGUCGAGUUUCGUCAGCAAUGACCCCGUCCUGCGACAAGUGGCCCAGACCCGCCAGCCCGUCUUGAUAUACCAGGCCCCGCGCAACAAAUGGUACUAUGCCAAAGUGUACGGCACAGGCGCCCUGUGGAUUGGCGUCGGCGCUUUCUCCAUGAAGUUCAACAACGACAUCAAAGAUAGAGAGGUGCCGUUCUUCGUGCGGCCUACCUAUGUCGUUGUCGGUGCGGCCUUUAUCGCCAUCGGGUGUUAUAUCUGCACCGCGCCUACAAACCGCAUGAGGAUACUGGAAGUCAUACCUAGUUUGCAAGGCGGACCCAUACAAUUACGCAUGACGGUCAGAGCAGCCCCGUGGUCCAAGGAGCGCGUCAUCUACUCGCAACUGGGAGAAGCGACUAUCAGCGAAAAGACGGAGCCCAUGGUACGAGAGCUGCUCGAGGCGGAAAGGUUUCGAAAGCAGAAACUGUGGGAUGACCUUGGCCACUUGAACAUUGCAGCAAGAGUCUGGGAAGGAUCCGCCCGCUGGGUGCACCAGAAAUGGACAAACUUCUUCUUGCGAUUUAAAUUCGCAGUCCUGCGCUUCGGCAUUGCAAAAGUCAAGGUGCAAGGCGAAGACUGGAAGAUUGAUUGUUCGGGGUAUCUGAUGGAAGACGGUAAAGCUGUCGAUAGACUCAUCGCCGAAGAAUAG